AUGACAGUUGAAGCCGUGUCCCCUCCCCGGGACAAACCCACAGACAGGUCCCUGUCGUGUAACGUGCAGUUCAGACUACAGGGGCUGAAUGCCUUCUUCUGUGGCAGCGUGCCAGAAGAGUGCCUGUUGUUCCACAUAGAUGAGGUGGGAGUGGGGCUGUGUGACCCUCAGUAUCAAGGGUCCAUACAGGGUGUCCGCUUCCUAACAACAGCCAUGCUUGGACAGAGUUACAAGUGUGUGCAGGCUAAAGAACUACCCGAAGGUCUGGUACAGAUUGACAACAUGUCCUGGGCAUACACUCCAGUCUGCAAGGCCCUGUCUGUUGACUGUCCCAGUGGGAUCCAAGCAGACUGGACCACCAGAGCUCACAUGUCCAUCUUUCAACACAUCAAAGACAUUCUGUCAUUCAGGAGCAAACUCAGUGUUCUGUCAUCCAAAAGCAAGGUUAGACCAUCAGAUGUGCAGUCCACACCCCAGGCUAGCUUCAGUGUCAACAUGUCAGUCUUGUGUGUGAAGGUUUGCCUACACACAUCAACCACAAGCAAAAUCGACAUCUCAUCUUGUGACGUGAAGGUUUCAGUGCAGGGAAAACUUGUUAAGCUGACUGCACCUCAGCUGACAGUGUCUUUUGACGAUCAUGACAUUUUCAACAUUGAGGUCAUUUCCAUACAACAUUUCCCGGAACAUGAACAGCUGAAGAGAGAGCGGAUUGGCUGUGAAACUCUGGUCAACCCCACCAACAGGGCAUGGAGUGUGAACAUGGACAAAAUCCACAUAUCAUUCCCAUACAAGUAUGACUUUGCUGCUGCUGUAGACAAGACCAUCAGUUGUGUGAAGUGGGUAAAGUUACUCUACAAACAGGGAAAACCCAGAACACCAGACAAACUGUAUGCUGACUUCCUGCUCAAAGUACAGCAUGCCACAGUAGAGUUACUGGACGACCCGUUUGAAGUGAGACUAGGAGACAACUAUGAGCUGAUGCGGGAUGAGAAACAUGAGAUGGAGAAGAGACGACAGCUGCUGGAGAACAGGAUCUCUGCACUCAGGAAGUCUCAUGGGCUCCUGCCAGCUAAGAAAGUAGAGGAGAUGUACCUGAAGCUGGGUGAGCAGUGUGACCGUAUCUACGUGCAGCGCUCACAGAAGCUGUACAGCACGCCCAUGAGGACACACCUGCUGCGCUGGGAGAUGAAACAGCUGGAGGUGUGCGCGCUGGCCGACCCCUCCAUGGACGGGAGGGACAACAUCGUGGGGCACAUGCAGGACAUCGAUAAGGACAGCCCCUACCCAGCAGACCUGGAGUUCAGUACCCUGUGGUGCAGGAUGGUGAGGGGUAACGUGCGCCACCUGGAGUUCCAGCUCAGAGACUACACGGUGAAACUACUGGAGACAACAGACCUGCACUGGUGGGGCAGGCUACUGGGGGCAGAGCAGGAGGCAGCAGACACAGCAAAGAGACCCACAAAAGUGGAGAUAGGAGGUCCAUUUGGCGAUGCGACUGUGGAACGCAGCAUGCCAGCACUGAAAUUCUACCACGAUCUCAGCUGUGAUGCCCAAACAUUCCGUUAUGCCUGGGGGCCAUGCUGGGACCCUGCAAUAUCACAGGUCAACCUGGCACUGGAUUACCUGACCAAACCAUCCAUUGACCCAAGCAAGCCUCUUCCUUGGUGGGAUAAGUCCCGUCUGCUGUACCAUGGCAGACUGACCAUGUCAGUGGAGAAGAUGAGUCUACUGAUGCACGCCUCUCUCGACCCCUACAACUCCACCGAGGAGAUGGCCUGGGAGUGGAAGGACCUGUACAUGGACUGGACAACUGCCCACUUUCUGUGGAAGGGAGACCUGGAUGUGUAUGUGAAGACUGCCUCCAAGUAUGACGACUGUCACUUUCUCAGCUUCCCCAACCUCAGACUAGGGUUUGACAUUGAGUGGCUGUGUAACGGAGACCCAAACGACCACCAUUCAGUCAUGCCCUGUGCACCACAUAAUGUACCAGAGACAUCAAAACAGGGCCAUGACUCCUAUGCAGCUUUCCGGUCUCAGAACCUGAAACUGGCCAUCACGAUCGACAUCAAACCUCCACGGGUUGUUGAUGACCAGAAGAAACAGUCCCCAUCUUGUUUACUGUACAGCAGUACUCUGAAAUGGCUACAGAAUCUAUGGGCCAUCAUCGCUUCUGUAUCACGACCAAUCAGAAGAGGGCAAGUGUGGAACAACAAGAAGCCCAGGAAAAUCCAGCUCGGCAGACAUUACAAAUCUAUCAGCCUGGACUUCAAGUUCCCAGAGCUGACGGUGAACUACUGGGCGUCCUUCGCCCAACAGCGAGGGAUCGAGAUGUGCUUCGGCGCGGGGUGCAUCAACUCUGAGUGGGGCCUGACGCUGGUACCGUACACAGAUGGACUGAUCCGCCGACCGCGGGCCGACUGGAGCAUCACCAAACUGGGCAGCAGCAUAGCCGAGUCCCACGUGUAUCUGUGUGGAACCCAGGGGCAGGAUAGUAAGGAGAGUUUGUCUGUGAGAGAGCCAGUCAAGAAGAGUCACUUCCUCACAUUCUCAAGGUUUGCGUACUCCAGACACGAUGCUAAGCCUGCAUCUCCCGUGACAGAGGAACCUGUCUCUUCACAGGCCGGACCAACCCAGCAGACAGGCACAGAAAUCAUGGAGUUUACUCACAGCCUUGUGUUGGAGUGUCUGAAGGGUACAUGGAACACCUCCAACCGGGGGGUUGUCUUUGGGCUCUACGAAGGCUACAGCAAAGCCCAGAUCCUGAAGAAGAACCUCUCCACAGAGGCCCUGAAGGGCAUCAAGAUGGAGUCCGUUACGACGACCAAGGCCCGGAGUGGGUCGUUUAACCAGCCUGGGUCCACACCCAGCCCCCUGACACGGCUACAGAAGGGGCAUGGAGCCUCCAUGCUGGAGAAACUUCUGUCAGAGACUGACACCAAGUUUAUGGCUUUUUCAGAGGAGAACACCGGGGAGAGAGAGUUGCUUCAUGGGAUAGCUGCCUGUCAAACCAAUGAUGUCAUCAACAGGAACUGGUGUAUUGAGCUGAUCAACUGCCAGGUGAUGCUGCAGGGAUGUGAGACUCCGGGUUGUGUCAUCGCCAGCGCAGCCAACGCCCGGAUACUGCAGUGUCAGCACCAGUCAGCCUGGAGAGACGGGGCGCUCACCAGUAAAACUACAUGGGCAGGGUCACUGGAGGGCAUGCAGUAUUUUGCCACGGUUGAGCCGAAACAUUCCCCUAAGAGCGGGCGUGAGUUCCCGUGGCUGACAGAGAGCGACAUCCAGCAGCACGAGCGCCGGCCGUCCAACUCCAUCUCGGCCAUGCCUGACCUGGUGGGCAGCGGGCAGUCCGUGGGGGGCGUGGUGAGCAGCACGGUCGGGGCGAAGACUGCCGACGACGACCUCCAGCUGCAGAGGAUCAUUUCCCACUGCAGCUGCCAGUUCUACUACGCCAGCUACGGCCCGCUGGACCUCGACCCAUCCACUGUGCCUCCCAAACCUGAGGAGGAGUUAUCAGACAUGUGGAAGCGAGAACGAGCGGUCGACUCUUUCACAGUCGUCCAUUCUGAGCUACAAGUCUGCACCAACUCUGUGCAAUAUGCCAUGAUCCUGGAUAUCUGUCAGAAUCUGCUGCUAUACGUGGAGCCCAAAAGAAAGGAGGCCAGUGAGCGUCUGCAGAGGAUGCGGUUCCAGCUGCAACUGUCCAGCGUGGAGGACCAGAGAGGACCACUGCUGCAGAUGCAGAACAACGUCAGGUCUCUGUUGUCCAACAUGCAUCGGUUGGAAAGAGAGCUGUACAACACACACAGGGCACUGGAAGCCAACGUCACAGAUAAAAGUCUGCAAGAACAGAGUCAAGACUUGGCCAAACAGUACAACGGGUGUAAGGAACAGCUGACAGCUACCAGUGAGGAGUUACAUGCCAUGAUCAGCUGUUUCAAGGAGAGACAACAACUGCAGAUCUCUCACAAGAGACAUGUCACAAAAGAUGACCAGGUGACGCCUGUGCGGAGGAUUGAGGUGUGUUUUGUGUCGGCCAAGUGGAGACUAACAGAGGAGGAUGGACAGAUCGGGGUGGCUGACCUGGCACUCACAGACUUUCUGUACACCAAGGUGACUAAGAGUGAUGACUCAGGUGAACACCUGCUGGAGCUGGGCUGGGUCACUGUGGCCAACCUGCUGCCAAACGAGGCAUACAAGGAUGUACUACGGCCACAAGUGUCCAGUCUAGAUCGCAAACACACCCACCGGAAAGCUCUGAGGGCCUUCAGCAGAGAGAAAGGAACAGUUGGAGGGAUCUCGGUAAAGGAGCAUUUUGAGGUGAACGUGGUUCCAGUGACCAUCCAGCUCACCUACCGCUUCUUCCGCACCAUGAUGAACUUCUUCUUCCCAGGGAGGAAUGUGGAUGAAGGAGAGGAGACUAGCUCACAAGCUGGAGAGUUUGAAGCAGAACCACAGGCAACGACUGUAGGUGUACAUGUCCGCUCUGGGUCUAUAGAUGAACAGCAGCCGGUGGGAGUGAGGGACUCCGGCCAGCCGUCAGCCAGGCCUCAGAAGAAGUCUCUGCUGAGGAAAGCCUCCAUCGGAAGCCGGGAUGACAUUGAGAAAAUGAAGGAAAGAGCAGCAAGGAACAACACGUUUCUGUACAUCAAGAUCCCACAGGUCCCCCUGUGUGUCAGCUACAAGGGCCAGAAAGACAAGAACAUAGAGGAUGUGCACAACUUCACCCUGCUGGUGCCGAUGUUAGAGUACCACAACCUCACCCUCACCUGGCUCGACUUCCUCAUGAUCCUGAAGAAGGAGUACAAGAAUGCUCUUCUGUCACAGGCUAUCAAGGAGAAAUUCAGGUUGAAGGCUUCCAUUGGUCGAGAUGACAGCUCUGAGCCAGACAGCCUGGCAAAGGAAGAGGAGGACAAAGCCAGGCUCUUACUUGGAGCAAAGCUUGGUGGUGAAAAGGUGUCGAGCAAAAAAUCUCUCUUUGGCAAGAAGAGUUGAUGAGCUAAAAAAAUUCAAGAAUGCCAUGUGGUAACUAAUGUAAAUAAGUCUAUUGUGAAGCUAUACAUGUAUGUCAUAUCAAAAUAUUCAAUUGAUGAGUGAGUCACUUGGUAAAUGAGUGAAUGAGUGAGUGAGUGAGUGAGUAUUGGAUGAAUAGACAGACAGAUGGAUAGAUGGAUGAAAUAAGUUGAGAGGGUUUGCAUAUUCUAUUCAUAUAUAGAUGGCCACUCUUAAUUUAAAGGAGGAAAUGAUUUUAAUUACUGACAGUUAUAUGUUGUGUAUGACUGUACAUGUAUAUGCUGAAUGUAACAACUAUGAAUUUUAAUUGUGUUUUACCUUAGAAAUUUAAAGUGGGAGCAAAUUAGAGGCAUUCAUCUCUAAGUGUAAAAGAGCCCAACACACUUAUUGAAAAGAGAAUGGGUAAUAUGGCAUACUUGGCUGAAAAAGCAAGCAGAGACACAGCCGCAUUGAGCUAUCAAAAAAGCACAAGUAAUCACUCUAGGUCUCAAGCACUGUGCUUUAAAACUGGCCUGCUUUAUGGCUCUAUAACAGCUUGUAUUUCAUCUAGUGCCUGCAACCUACCCCCCCCCCCCUGCUCGAAGAUUACACAUUAUACCCUGCUCGAAGAUUACACAUUAUACUUAUAUUAAAGCCCAGGCCAACACUUUGAUAUUUCCUCUUAAGUACAUCCUGUUUAAGCUGUGAAUAGACUUCCUUGUGCCAAAUUUGUUCUGCCAUGUGUGUGACAUAUGGUGGUUAUAAAAAUUAUAUCUUUAUUGCUUACGGCCAUAAAUAACAUAGGCAUUUAUUUCCUUGUUCUAUGAAUAUCAUAGAUGUGGGUGUAAAAUGGGCCCCUUGAAAAUCUGCUUGUUCAAAGGGGAAUACCCAGUGGUCUGAUCAUGAUGAUUUAAUAAAUAGAACAUUAAACAAUAAAACAAUCAUAAAACAAGUGACGUUUUUAUUGCUUUUUGUGGUGGCUAAAAGACACCCAUGUGGGGAUAAAUGCAGGUAGGUAAAGAUGUAUCAUACAGGUUAUCAAAGUAGAAGAUGUGGUAAUAUUUUACAUAAUUUUAGGAACUUUUUCAUGUUGUGGUAGAUAAUGACCAAUUUCCAAGUACAAAUGCCAUAACAAUAUACACUAUACAUGUACAAAAUACGAUGAUGGUCAUAUAUGAAGUAAA